CUUUUUCAGAAGGUUGCCAUUUCAGCAUUUCAAGGUCCUUUAGCCUGUUGGUGUUGUGGGAAGAGGUGAAAGAGCUGUGCUGACACCACUGAAGGCAUAUUUUCAAGAUCCCAAUGUGAUUCCUCAACAUCAUAUCGAUGAGAUAACGACCCAGAACAGGAGGAAGGAGAGGAGGAAAUGGCAGCUUCUCAGCCUCCACAGUGGCCAAUGCUCAUCCAGGCAUCCAAGAGGAAAUCUGUCCUGGAAAUGGAUCACCUGAUUAGCUCACUGAUCGGGAAUGAUGACCUGAAAUCCACCUGGCCCUCAGGGCAUCCCAUCAAGAGAAGUUUGGUCCAGGACUCCAUAAGCAGCAUCCAGGCACCAGGCAAGAGAUCUGCUCAGAUAUCCACCCUGGCUUGUCUGAACCCACCAAAGAAACCCAGACUGAGUCCCAUCCAAUUUCCUAAGAAGAGCACCCUGAGACCAGAUCUGGGGGUUUUCCAGAAUCUGCAGCCUCCACCCAGUACCACCAGACUUGGGCCAACCGUGGCACCCCCAGUGACCAGGAAGACACCCGCUCAGGUGCAAAGCAUUGACCUCCAGCCUCCACGCAACACAUCUUACCUGAAUACUCUCCAGGCCUACACCAGAGUCCAGCCUCCACCCGUCAAACAUGUUCCAGGCCAGCCUCUCAGGAUGCUCUUCAGGAGAGUAGGCAAAGCCUGGUGGAGCUGCACAUACAUGACAUCUCCCUCUUUGUCUCCUGCUGAGAAGCCAACCCCUCCUGCUCAGAGCCCACCCAUGGGCACGAAGUCUGAGGAGCACUGUGCCCCAGGCCCCUGGAGUGUCCUCUAUGAUGACCUUCAGAUUUCUUCUUCCUCUGAAGAGAGUGAGAGGGAGACACCAAUGACCACUAAGACAUGUCCUUCAGCCCCAGGUACCCUGGAGGUGACUGUGGAACAGAGGAGGGGAAGUCCCAAGGAGUGGCCUGUCCCUGGUGAAUCAGUGAUUCUUCACCUCUGGGGGAUGGGUGGGUGAAACAAUAGUGGAAACCCAGGUUUUGCUUAGGGACACACAUGUGGAAAGCACUGUAUUUUCUCCUGAUGGCAUCAGAGUCAACAUGGAAAUGGUGCUUAUCAAACUGGAAUGUCAAUUCUUUUGCAAACUCAACCUUUGUAGACAAUUUUGAGACAAUUCCAUGAGAAAGUUUUAACUGUGGUGUAAAUAGAAAGCUGU